AUAUUCACCUCACCUCCUCCCCACAUCCUCUCUCUCUCUCUCUCUCUCUCUCUCUCUCUCUCUCUCUCGUGAAAGCGCGCAGUGUAGUCACCUUUUCCAAACCCCCCAUUGUCGCCACCUCUAUAUAUUGCUUUCCUCCUCCUGCUCUAUUAUAAUCCCUUUCGCACUCACCAAAGUGUGUGUAGUAGAGAGAGAGAGAGAGAGAGAGAGAGAGAGAGGAGAGAGGUGAGGAACCCAUUUUCCCACCACUCGCCCCACACGGGUUCUCUUUGAUCUCUCAUACAUCGGCUUCUUCGGGGUUUUUAUCCGCUACCCAUCUCCCCAUUUGGGUUGCUCUGCCAUUUCCGAGGUUGGGGUUCGCCUGCUGGUUCGAUUUGGAUUUGAAAGGAGCUAAAAAGGUUCGUAUGCGGUUGGAAGAAGCUAAAAGGGUGAGAUUUUGAUUCAUGGCUUCUUCUGUUUGUUGGUAUGAUGAGUAAAUUUGGUUGCCGGGGUCUUGUUUGAGUAGAAAGAAUACUGAGAAGGAUCUGAUGUCGAAGGACGAGGAGCGGCAAGGUGUUUGUGAUAAGGAAGGCAAUUCAAACAUUCAUAGGAAGAACGGUACAAGUAGAGGUUUAAUGCAAAUUGAAAUUCCAAGUGAAUGUGGAGGAUCCGGCCUUGUGAAUGGAAGUGGAACUUUCAUUCCGAGAGAUGGGGAUUCAUCGAGACCCAAUGAUGUGGAUAACUCUUAUUUGCCCUCCCUAGACGAUGAAGUCGCAGUUCGUAUCUUGGCUAGGGUUCCAAGAUCGCAGUUUCAGAACCUCCGCUUGGUGAACAGGCGAUACAAUUCGCUGAUCAUGAGCAGUGAGCUCUACAACAUGAGAGAGAAUAUUGGCAUAACGGACCCAAAAGUUCUCUUGCUAGCGAGCGGUGAGCUUCGCUGGUGGUGUUACGAACCCUACACCGGAUCCCAUCGGGAGCUCCCGAUACUGCCGUCUGACAUUUGCUUCUCGUCCUCCGACAAGGAAACUCUGUGUGUGGGGAACCACCUUCUCGUCUCAGGAAAAGAGAUUGAGGACCCAGCUAUCUGGAGGUAUGAGCUCGAGUCAGACCGUUGGUUCCAUGGUCCUAGGAUGAUCAACCCAAGAUUCCUGUUCGCAUCUGCAAACUGCGGUAAUGUUGCCUGUGUCGCAGGAGGCAUUAGUUUGGGUGCUGGUCUCAGCAUCUUGAACACUGCUGAGAAGUAUGAUCCUAAGACCAAGUCCUGGGAACCGCUCCCUCGCAUGAACAGGCGAAGGAAGCUUUGCUCGGGCUUUUGUAUGGAUCGUAAAUUCUACGUGAUUGGGGGGCAAAAUGAAAACGGCGACAAUCUUGCUUGUGGGGAAUGUUAUGAUUUCACACGGAAUGCGUGGGAGCUAAUCCCUGGUAUGGCUGAGGACUUCUCGAGCGGCUCCUCUCAGUCCCCUCCUCUUGUGGCGGUAGUGAACAAUGAGUUGUAUUCUCUCGAGGCCUCGUCUAACCAACUCAAGGUGUACCUGAAGAACAGCAAUACAUGGAAGGAGUUGGGCAAGGUGCCGGUAAGGGCUGACAUCAGAAAGGGGUGGGGAGUGGCCUUCAAGUCCUUAGGCGAUGAGUUACUUAUCAUCGGUUGUGUAGAGGAAACAAAAACCGGACAAGGGAUGACAGUAUGUACUUGCGUUCCUAAUCCCGAUUUAGAUUUCGUUCGAUGGUGUGUCCUUCAGAGUGGCACUGAUAAGUGGUGCUCGUUUAUUCUGAACUGUGCUAUAAUGAUGGCUUGAAAAUUGGAAUGUAAUGUUGAUGCAGAAAAGGCCACAAGCAAAUCCAGAAUAACACAGCAGCAGCGCUAUAUAACGUCAACGGUAAAAGUAAAAGUCUCUGUAUUUUCCUUUUGCGCAAAAUUCUCUAUUGCAGAAAAUGCCUGAUUAAUAUUGACUUUACUGUAAUAUGCUUGAAACGAUGGCAAUGAUGCUUUCUAUUAAUUUAUGUACUUUUGGACAUGCAUAUCAUGCUUAUAUCAUUCUCUUUCUUCUUUUUUGAAAGGCGCUUAUAUUAUUGUUUA